AUGGGCAAUAAAAAACCAAGAGCACAUCAACAUCUCAGUUUCAGCCAAUAAUGUCCAUCCGCGCGUUACCCUAGCAUCCAUCUUAUGGGACUCUGCCUCCUUAACCUCAUACACAUAACCACACCCUAUAACUCUCCCCACCCUUUUCCCUUCACCGGUUCCUCCUCACCGGCGACAAAUCUACUUCCCUCUCACCGCACCGGAGCCGAAUCAUAUAAAUAGCAAUUCAACAAGCGGCGGAUGGAACUUUCAGUUUCGUGAAUCGGGCUCCAUUCAACGUCACAUCCCUCGAGUUCAGACUUCAGACCGACUCAGUCUUCUUAUAAGGAAAAAGGGAAAGGGAAGAGAUUGAGGAAUUAGAGUGAUAGAAGACGAUGAGGGGCAGUUUACCUAUUAGCCGUCGAUCGGUUUUCAAGUUGCGUCAAGUUGGGAUCGGGACGCUUGGAUCGGCAAAGAUCAAGAUCCUUCUCUGCGGUUGCGUCGUGUUAAGUCUACUAGCAAUCGCGAACCGAAACCGCGACAGUUCUUCGUUUAUGGGAUGGACCGGUGACUUUGACCGCUCUUCUUCUCCAAGGGGAAGAUACUCGAUUGUAAUCAAUACUUGGAAAAGAUAUGAUCUCUUGAAGAAGUCGAUUUCCCACUACACGUCAUGUCCGAGGCUCGAUUCUAUACAUAUUGUAUGGAGUGAGCCGGAUCCUCCAUCUGAUUCGCUUAAAAGAUAUCUCAACCAUGUUAUGCGGUCAAACUCUAGAAAGGAUCAGCAAGUUGAGUUGGUCUUUGAUAUCAAUAAAGAAGAUAGCUUGAACAACAGAUUUAAAGAAAUUAAGGAUUUGAAGACGGAUGCGGUUUUCUCAAUUGAUGAUGAUGUUAUUUUCCCUUGCACUUCUGUAGAAUUUGCUUUCACUGUUUGGCAAAGUGCCUCAGAUACAAUGGUGGGAUAUGUUCCUCGUAUGCAUUGGGUAGAUCAAAAGAAAGGAGAGAAUAAAUACAAAUAUGGCGGAUGGUGGUCGGUUUGGUGGACUGGUACAUACAGCAUGGUACUCUCAAAGGCUGCCUUCUUCCACAAGAAGUAUCUCAAACUUUACACUGAUGAGAUGCCUGCAUCACUUAAAGAAUACAUAACCAAGAACAGGAAUUGUGAAGAUAUUGCGAUGUCAUUUCUUGUUGCAAAUGCCACAGAUGCUCCUCCCAUUUGGGUGAAAGGGAAAAUAUUUGAGAUCGGUUCAACUGGCAUUAGCAGCCUGGGAGGUCAUAGUGAAAGAAGAACAGAAUGUGUCAACAAGUUUGUGGAUGAGUUUGGACGAAUGCCCUUAGUUCCGACUGUUAUGAAGGCUGUGGAUAGCCGCUACAGUUGGUUUUGGUGAUGCCUGAGAUUGCACCCUUAACACGGCUUCACAUUUUCCACUUAUUUAUUGCUCAAUCCGCAGGUUGAAAUUAUUCCAACACUGUUUCAAUUAUCCCGAGUUUGUAUAAUAUAUAAAUUUUGUUGUACGCUUAAUGUGUUUUGAGAAUAGAUUCGUGCCAACACGGUAUUUCACCA